AUGAGGAACUGCCUAGUAUUUGUCAUAUUCAACAGAUUUGUGCUGCCUUGUAUCGAGAUUUGGGUACUAUUCCAUGGCUCCAUCAAGUUUCAAGGUGGCAUACCCGAACUCCCGGUGGCACAGGCUGAGGGCUACUGUCAUCUCGGUGAAGUGCGUGCUCACCGGGCCAGCACACAGGUGCUCUUGUGCGAAAAGCAGGCAUAUCAGGGAGAAACCGGUAGCACGGCGUUCAAGUCCAGACCAGUCAAUGCUGAGCUGUGCCUCAAGAAGGCGCUGAUAGUCGUCAUGUAUUAUGCCCCUUUUCAGAACAGGGCUUAA